GGACAAAGUCUAGUUGGAAGAGAGAUUAAACAGUGCCUAGUUGGUUACUCAAUGAUGCUCCAAAGUACAAGAGGUCAGUUCUAUGGCCCCAUUAUAAAACCUCUGUACUACCUGAUCACACUUGUGCCAGUGGGAAGGCUAAGCAUGGAUCUGGUCAUGGGCUCAGUGCUCAUUCUGACAUGUCUGCUUCUGUUCUCAUACUGGAAAUUGGGUUCUAAGAGAGGGAAUCUACCUCCUGGACCUACUCCUCUGCCAAUUAUUGGCAAUAUCCACCAGAUAGAUGCCAAGAAAAGGCACCAAGCCUUUACCAAUUUCUCUAAAAUCUAUGGCCCUGUGUUCACUCUGUAUUUUGGCAUGAAACCUACAGUGGUGCUAUAUGGCUAUGAGGCAAUAAAAGAAGCUCUCAUAGGUCAUGGGGAGGAGUUUAGUGGAAGGGGAAGUGUCCCGAUUAAUCAGAUGAUUUCUAAAGACCUUGGCAUUUCUAUUACCAAUGGAGACAAAUGGAAAAAAACAAGGCACUUCUCACUCCUAACCCUAAGAAAACUGGGCAUGGGGGAAAAAGUAUUGAGAACCGUAUUUAAGAGGAAGCACAGUUCCUUGUGGAGGAACUGAAGAAAACCAGUGGUAGGGGCAGGUUUACAAUAUGACAUUUACAUCUUGUCCUGUGUAUAUCUGCAUUAGUCAAUUUUUCCCAUUCUAUUCAAAGUAUUGUUUUCUAAAGAGAUGUCAUGGGUAUGGGUCUCAUGUUAAUUUUUUAUGGGAUUAUAGAGCAAUACAUUCCCCUCAUCAAAAAUACUGUUUUCCUUUGCUUAUCAUCUCACCACAAUACAAUUUCCAAUAGCAAUAGUUACUGAGAAAACAUAAGAACCCUAGAAAAGAUUGGAUUAGCUUUCUUUUCAUUACCUUACUUUUCUUCAAUUUUCCUCUUUUUUCUUGAACAGGUCUAGACUGCUCCUCUAAAGUGUCUAAGUGUCCUUCUUGUAUUAUGUUUACUGUUUUUGGCAACUGUGGUAUGAUGUAAUAAUUUUAUUUUUCAUUGAUUGUAGUAGAAUUCUUUUUGAUUAGUGCAUCUCACCUGCUUGCACAGUAUCAAAA